CCAGUCACAAACUUCUCUUCCAUAAUACAAUCACAUAAUUAGCUUAUCCCCUGCUCUCUCUUAACCACGGCAGGCUAGAGGGGAGAUAUAUACAUUCCGGCCGGAACUGGAAAAUUAAUAAAAUGGAGGAUGAAAUCAGAGCAGCGGGAGGUUUGCCGGUGGAGAUCAUCAGAAGGCGGCAGAUGAGCCGAAACGCGAGCAGAAGCGGGAGCAGAAGUGGGUGGAGCGUGGAAGAGGUGUUCUCUUCGGGGGUGCAUGGGCGGCGGAGCACACGGGGGGAGGAGGACGAAGAGGCUCUCCGGUGGGCGGCGCUGGAGAAGUUGCCGACAUACGACAGGAUGAGGAAAACAGUCCUGAAAACCUUCUCGGAGGAGGACAGCGACAGGGACAGGGUGGUGCACAAGGAAGUGGACGUGCGGAAGCUGGAAACCACCUUCCGACAAGACUUCAUCAAUCGGGUGUUUAAGGUUGCAGAGGAAGACAACGAGCGCUUCUUGAAAAAGCUCAGAGACCGGAUCGAUAAAGUUGGGAUAAGCCUGCCAACAGUGGAAGUGAGAUUUAAGGAUUUGAAUGUGGAGGCUGAUUGCCACGUGGGAGAUAGAGCUCUUCCCACGCUGCUCAACACUCUCAGGAAUCUGGGGGAAUCUGCUUUGGCCUCUUUGGGGAUUAAUUUGGCCCAAAACACUAAACUCGCCAUACUUAAGCACGCUUCUGGGAUCGUAAAGCCAUCCAGGAUCACAUUGUUGUUGGGGCCCCCAUCGUCCGGGAAAACGUCUCUUUUGUUGGCUCUAGCGGGGAAGUUAGACCCUGCCUUAAAGGUUAUGGGCGAAAUCACCUACAAUGGUCACAAGCUGACGGAGUUUGUACCUCAGAAGACGUCGGCAUAUAUUAGUCAAAAUGAUGUUCACGUUGGGGAAAUGACGGUAAAAGAAACUUUAGAUUUCUCAGCUAGAUGUCAAGGAGUUGGUUCCCGUUAUGAACUCCUAACGGAACUUGCGAGGAGGGAGAGAGAUGCUAAGUUUUUACCUGAUGCUGAGAUCGAUCUUUACAUGAAGGCAACUGCAGUGGAAGGGGUUAAUGAAACUAUUGCUACAGAUUACACGCUCCGGAUAUUGGGACUUGAUGUGUGCCGUGAUACGAUAGUUGGAGAUGAAAUGAUAAGAGGCAUUUCAGGGGGUCAAAAAAAGCGAGUGACUACAGGGGAGAUCAUUGUUGGGCCGACCAAAACUUUAUUCAUGGACGAGAUAUCAACGGGCCUUGACAGCUCAACAACAUUCCAAAUAGUGAAAUGUCUACAACAGAUUGUGCACCUAACCGAGGGGACCAUCUUGAUGUCCCUCCUCCAGCCUGCUCCUGAGACCUUCGAUCUAUUUGAUGAUGUUAUUCUCCUAUCUGAAGGCCAGAUUGUGUACCAAGGCCCAAGAGAACAUAUCCUUGAAUUCUUCGAGUCUUGUGGAUUCAAAUGCCCAGAUAGAAAAGGCACAGCUGACUUCUUGCAAGAGGUAACGUCGAGAAAGGAUCAAGAACAAUAUUGGGAAGACAAGGGAAAGCCAUACAGUUACACAUCUGUGAAAGAAUUCGCGAGGAAGUUCAAGAGAUUCCACGUGGGGUUACGUCUGGACAAUGAACUAUCUGUGCCGUAUGAGAAAUCAAGAAACCAUAAAGCAGCUCUGGUGUUCAAGAAGUACACAGUGCCGAUCAGGGAGCUUUUGAGUGCCAAUUUUGACAAAGAGUGGCUGUUAAUCAAGAGGAACUCUUUUGUGUAUGUAUUCAAAAGUGUUCAGAUCAUCAUCGUCGCCAUCAUUGCGUCAACUGUGUUUUUCAGAACCAAGAUGCACACUAGGAAUGAAGAGGACGGAGGGGUCUACAUUGGCGCACUCUUGUUUGCAAUCAUCACUAACAUGUUCAAUGGAUUCUCAGAACUGUCAAUGACCAUCCAGAGGCUUCCCGUCUUCUACAAGCAGAGGGAUCUUCUCUUCCACCCACCUUGGGCUUUCACUCUCCCUACAUUUCUUCUGAAAAUCCCCAUAUCUGUUUUCGAGACCACUGUGUGGAUGGUCACUACAUACUACACGAUUGGAUUCUCACCUGAAGCGAGCAGAUUCUUCAAGCAAUUCAUGGUGAUUUUUCUGAUCCAGCAGAUGGCUUCAGGUCUAUUUAGGCUCAUUGCAGCGCUUUGUAGGACGAUGGUUAUUGCUAAUACAGGUGGAGCUUUGAGCCUCCUACUCGUCUUCCUCUUAGGUGGUUUCAUCCUCCCCAAAGGUUCUAUCCCAGACUGGUGGGGUUGGGGUUUUUGGAUUUCUCCCCUAAGUUACGCGUUUAAUUCGAUAACUAUCAACGAGAUGUUUGCUCCUAGAUGGAUGAACAAAGUGACUUCAAACAAUACAAGAGUGGGACUUAAAGUGAUGAGGAACUUUGACGUGUUCCCUGAAAAGAGAUGGUUUUGGAUAGGUUCCAUUGCACUUUUGGGGUUCACCGUUCUCUUUAACAUUCUGUUCACAUUCGCUCUCACAUACCUCAACCCCCUCGAACAGAAAAAAGCUGUAAUAUCCAAAGAUCAAGCAAAGGAGAUGGAAAAUGAUGAAGAAGAGUCCACAGAAUCCCCAAGACUAAGAACCACAAAUUCAAGGAAAGAUGGACUUCCUCAUUCACUCUCGGCAGCCGAUGGAAACAACACAAGAGAAAUGGAAAUUCGGCGCAUGAGUAGUCGUGUCAAUAGAAGCGGUCUCAAUAGGAAUGAAGAUUCGAGCAAGGAGUCCACAAAUGCUAUAGCUCCAAAGCGAGGAAUGCUUCUACCAUUCACGCCCUUAGCAAUGUCCUUUGAUGACCUGAAAUAUUUCGUGGACAUGCCGGCUGAAAUGAGGGAUCAAGGAGUGACAGAGGAUAAACUCCAAUUACUAAAGGGGGUAACAGGUGCCUUUAGGCCUGGAGUUUUGACCGCAUUGAUGGGAGUCAGUGGGGCAGGAAAAACUACUCUAAUGGAUGUUUUAGCAGGACGAAAAACUGGUGGUUACGUUGAAGGGGACAUCAGAAUAUCAGGAUUUCCAAAGAAGCAAGAAACCUUUGCUAGGGUCUCCGGUUACUGUGAACAGAACGACAUACAUUCACCCCAAGUAACUGUGCAUGAAUCUUUGAUAUUUUCAGCUUUUCUCCGACUUUCUAAAGAAGUUGGAAAAGAGGAUAAACUGACUUUUGUAGAUGAAGUAGUGAAUUUGGUUGAGCUGGAUAACCUCAAGGACGCAAUUGUUGGGAUACCCGGAGUUUCUGGCCUCUCUACCGAACAGCGGAAGAGGUUGACGAUUGCAGUUGAAUUAGUGGCCAAUCCUUCAAUUAUAUUCAUGGACGAGCCCACCUCUGGUCUCGAUGCAAGAGCAGCGGCCAUUGUUAUGCGAACUGUUAGAAACACGGUGGACACAGGAAGAACUGUGGUUUGUACCAUUCAUCAACCUAGCAUUGACAUUUUUGAAGCAUUUGAUGAGUUGCUACUUAUGAAAAGAGGAGGGCAAGUGAUUUAUGCAGGGCCAUUAGGCCGAAACUCUCAUAAAAUCAUCGAGUAUUUUGAGGCAGUGCCGGGGGUAUCUAAAAUCACAAAGAAUUACAAUCCAGCUACCUGGAUGUUAGAAGUGAGUUCGGUCUCCAUGGAAACCAGACUCGGAAUGGAUUUUGCUGAACACUACAAAAGUUCAUCUUUACAUCUGAGAAACAAAGAACUUGUGCAAGAAUUGAGUACUCCUCCACCUGGAGCAAAGGAUCUUUAUUUUGCUACCCAAUAUUCUCAGUCAACAUGGGGCCAAUUCAAAUCCUGCAUCUGGAAGCAGUGGUGGACUUAUUGGAGGAGUCCAGAUUACAAUCUUGUGAGAUACUUCUUCACUUUGGUUGCAGCACUCAUGAUCGGCACAAUUUUUUGGGACAUCGGAGGCAAAAUAAAAACUGGAAGUGACCUUAUGACUGUCAUUGGAGCUAUGUAUGCAGCUGUACUGUUUGUUGGUAUCAGCAAUUGCUCCACUGUACAACCCAUAGUUUCUACUGAGAGAAGUGUGUUUUAUCGUGAAAAAGCUGCUGGAAUGUAUUCUGCAUUACCAUAUGCAAUGUCACAGGUCAUUUGUGAAAUACCAUAUGUUCUUCUUCAAACAUCAUAUUACACUCUCAUAGUGUAUGCCAUGGUGGGAUUUGACUGGAAAGCGGCUAAAUUCUUCUGGUUUUUCUUUGUGACAUUCUUCUCCUUCCUUUACUUCACUUACUAUGGGAUGAUGACCGUUUCAAUCACACCUAACCACCAAGUGGCAGCCAUCUUUGCUGCAGCAUUCUAUGCGCUCUUCAACCUUUUCUCUGGUUUCUUCAUCCCCAGACCUAAAAUUCCAAAGUGGUGGAUUUGGUAUUACUGGAUUUGUCCUGUGGCAUGGACCGUAUAUGGAUGCAUUGUCUCACAAUAUGGCGAUGUAGAAGAGACAAUUAAGGUUGAAGGAAUGAUAUCUGAUCCCCGGAUCAAAGAUUACAUCAAAGAUCAUUUUGGGUAUGAACCAGACUUCAUGGGACCCGUAGCGGCAGUUCUCAUUGGUUUUGCACUGUUCUUUGCUUUCAUGUAUUCUCAUUGCAUUAAGACAUUGAACUUCCAGCUUAGAUAGAUAUUAAACAGCAUAUCAUAAAAGCAUUUAUGGUAG